AUGCUGCUGGCGCGGCCUCUGCCUCCGCAGUUCUUGUUACCAGCAUGGAACGCGCGACAACUAGCUGGUGCGCAUGCUGUAUUGCACCAGCACCAGCAGCAGCGGGCCUGCAAAUCCGAUGACACGAGCUCUCAGAACAAAGAAGACACCCGCUUCAAUUGGAACAGCAACAAGGACACGAACACAAGCUCGACUACCGAUACCAAGAAUCCGAAUCCAAGCUCGCUUUCGAGGUCAACUUCAGAUACAGAAACGAGGCCGAGUUCGACAGGGGAUAGCAAGGGCAGCACGCAUUCCUUACGCCGUACUGUAUGGUCUAUAAGACGAGAUAGUCGCGAUCUUCAGCCUGCGAAAACCACAGCUGCUCUUUCUCUAUUCGAGGAACUGUUCCCGGAAGAAGGCGAAGCUAAGAAGAAAGCGGAGGAGAGGAAGGAGAAGCCAGGACGCUUACCGGCUUUUGAUUGGAAUAAGACGAUUUCUGGGGAUGGGAAUGAAAAUAAUGUGAAGCUGGAGAGGGAGAGACUGCAGAAGGAGUUUAGAAAUCUGCCGAGCCAGACGCCUGUGGCUCUCAGUGGCAAUAGUCUGCGAGCGGAGGACCCACAGCCGGGGUAUUUGAGUGAGAAGGAAGCGGAGGAUGGGGAGCGGGGGAGGAGGAGGGAGGCAAGCGUGUUGGUGUUGAAUUCUGCGACGAAGACGUUGGAAGAGAGCGAUUUCUUUAGGGUGGGGCCGAGGGGAGAGCAUAUUGAGGGGUGGACGAUAAUUCCCGGCCGAGACAACAACACCCUCCGCCCCCUUGGUCACUACUUCAUCCUCUUCUACAACGACGUAGCCGCCAAGGCCUACCUAGACAGCAUUCUACGUAUCUGGAGAAUAGCCAAACAGCGCAGUGCCUGGGCAAGCUCGAACAUACCAGGCGUGCGGCUUCCGCCUGGAAUGUUGAAAGAUGGAGAGGAUAUCCAGAAGUUAGUCAAGAGCUUCACGCUCGUGCCGCCGUACAGCCGGCUCUUCCUGCGCAUGUUAUCGAAGCCCUACAAGCCAGCAAUGCUGCGAUUACUCGAUGAAGGUGGACCGGGAGCUAUAGCUGCUAGGGAGACCAAAACGGAGAAUAUGGUGCUGAUCACCUCUGAUAUCGGGGUGUUUGAUCCUCAGCAGCUGUUGAAAGCUAUCAGGGACGAUGGGACACGGCGCAAUUUGCAUUGGAAGCUGGUUCUGUCGAAGGAUCGACUGAUUCAGCUGAAAGACGAUCCGGUUGUUAAUGGGAUGGAAGAGGAGAUGGGUGGAAGUCCCAAGUUGAAACAGAGAACCCUACGGCCUCCAGCUAGAUAUGUUCUGUCCUUCAAAGACCGGCAUGAGGCUCGCCGAUUCGUUAGGGAAUGGCACAAGCGGUCUAUGCCCGAAAAGAAAAACCCUAGGCCAGGCGAAGAGUUGCCUCCAGUAAUUAAUGCAGAGAUUUUGUGGUGA